AUGGAGCAUCCUGGGUUCGGAAAAGCUAGCAAAAAGAUAUUUACGAUAGGAAUAAGCCCUCCACAGGGGAUACCCAAAUCCAAAGUCAGAGACAGGACAAUUCUACGCCUGCUCUCGAAAUCAAAACCCAAGAAUACUCCUCUAAUUCAGGAAAAGGAACUUUUCCUUUCUUUAGAAAGCAUCUCCAGAGCCAGUCAAUCAAUAGUACUUGGAUGUGGCUCCCCAAAUCCGUCGGGCACAAUUCAAUCCCUUUGGGCUCUCAGUAUCUCUAAGAAGGAAGAUGUGAAAGAAAAAUUCGACAACCUUCGGAAAGCAGUUGAGGACUACAAUACCACAGCUUCCAAGGGACAGCUAGAUCUCAUUCAGAAACAGGGAUCGAAUAUCGAAGAGUUACGAAAACUUGCCGAAAAUUGUCAAGCAGCUCCGGCUCCAGGAAUGGAAGGACAUGCUCGGUCCAAAAUAAAGGAUGGGAUGCAGCAAUUCUGCAAAACAACCUUACACUACGCCGAAGUUAUGGAUGUCUUGAUAGAACAUCACCCUGAAUGGGUGAGCCUAGCCUGGGGAACUAUAAAGCUUUUCCUGAUGAUUCCUAUCGAGUACCAGAAGAUACAAGAGAGUGUUACAACAAACUUGGCGCGUAUUGGCGAUAGGCUCCAGUUGGUGGCGCUGCUCUUGCGCUUCUUUCCAUCAGAGAAGAUGGUUGACGCCUCAAGUACCAUCUACAGCUCAAUUGCCGAGUUUUUAGAGAUUUCUCUCCGUUGGCUUCGGAAUAAUUGGCUUGUAAGGACUUUGAAGGCAGUAGCAGUUCCUUUCGAAACUCGCUUGGGUCCAAUUCUUGAGAAAAUCGACGAAAAUUACGGUAUUUUGAAGGAAUAUGCUGAAAUGCAAUGGCUAAUAAGCGACUUUGAGCAACAUCUACAAACCCAGAGUGAAUUGUCCACUCUCGGAAAGUCUAUGGAUCGCGUUCUAGAGAUUCUGGAAGACUUCGUCAAGCAAGAUCAGUUUCGAAGAGAGCGUGAGUCGAAAGCUAUCCAAGCAUCCAAAGCACUCGACCGCUCGCUCUUCCAUUCUCCUACGCUGGACAUAUGCAAGGAAUUCUUUCCAGAACUGCUUCCAAUAGAGCAAAAUCUUCAAAGAGCCCAAGCUCUGAUGGACUUGAUACCAAUAACCCAAAUUAGCGAAAGCAUCAACAUGGUCCAUCGCAAAGAAUUUCGCGUCUGGAUGGAGACAGAAGCUUCUGGUCUCCUGUGGAUUGACGGCUACCAAGUUCCCCACCGUCCUAGCUGGACAACGGGCUUUGCACUUAAUGUCAUUCGAGCCGCCAUGGUAAACGGCCACGAUACCCUAUACUACUUCGGAAGCCUCCAUCAAGACAUACUGCAACCUCGUGCCCUUGUUCAGAGCCUUUUAUUCCACUUACUGCAGAGGUUUCCUACAAUUCUCUCGCAUGGCGAUCCGGAGCUUUUUAGUGCAGAAAUUUUCUUGACAGCAAAGUCCAGCCUCGAUUUAUCCUGGAGAAUAUUUCUGGAGUGCCUGCGUCUGCUCCCAUCGACUGUUGUAUAUCUCAUUGUGGAAGGCAUUGAUCACGUUCAAAUGUCCAAUGUCGGAAACGACUUCCAAAACCUACUAACCCAGCUUAAAUCUCUUUCAACCGCUGGCGUCCUCGACGAAAAACUAGUCAAGGUGCUUUUAACCUCAGUUCGCCCAAAUGCGGGCUUCGACAUAUUGUUUCCAAGUCAUGAGAUGCCGGUAAACGAGGUUGACAAUAACGUUCUCAUUCGUGUACCACGCGCUGUUUCUCGAAGUCGUAGGGGAAUUUGGAGAAGUGAGGAUGGGUCUUCCAGAUCUCCCAACUCACAAGCAAAUGCACUGCAGAACGAUGGUGCAGAUGAACCAGAUUCUGGAAGCUCAUUCGAUAUCUUCGACACCCAAGCGCAAUCGGGUAAGACGAAGCUAUCCCGUAGUCAAUCAUCGGACUUUGCUCCAUCUGAGAGUGAUGUAUUAUAA